AUGAAUGAUGAAAGAAUCUAGUUUCUAGAAUGGAAAAAUGAAAAGGCCAUUUUGCAAUAGAAAAUUCAAAUUUAGGAGAUGUAUAUACAGGAAGCCAAAGAAAGAGAAGAAAACCUAAGAAAGAUGAACGAAAUCUUCAUAAAUACAUUGAACUCGCAAUAACAUGAGAAUGUUGUUCAGAAGUUUUAGAAGUCAUAUGAAUAGAAUGAGAUAGAAAAAUAAUAAGAUAUAAUAAAUGCCUAAUAAAUAGAAAUAAAAUUGCUAGAAACCAAAUUGUCUGAAAAAGAGAAUCAAAUUAAAUUAAUUUAAAAAAGCAAUGAGAAAGAGAUUGAAAGACUAUAAAAAAGGAUCAUAGAAUUAGAAUAUCUGUCUUGCAAUAAAGAAAACAUUAAUUAUCAAAAUAUCAUAGAAUAUUAGGUAAAUGAAUAGUAAGAUAUUGAUAAAUCUCUGCAACACCAAAAAAGAAAUUAAAGUCCAUCACAUCCUACAACUAGGAUUAGAGUGAAUCAAUAAUCAUAGCAAAUUUCGAGCAAUAAAUUUGAGGAAUCUACUUGUACAAAUCAAGAUUCGAAUGACAUUGCGAGUUUCUUAAAUAAAAUCAAUCCUAACUUAUAACGACAAAUGAAAGACAUACAAAGUAAAUUAUAUAAUACGAAGAAGAAAUUGACAACAACCACAGAAUAAGAGAGCUCGUUCAUUCGUUAAUCAAUUUAAAAAAUAAAAAAUGUAUAUUCUGCAAUUUAUGUUUAGCGAUCUCGGAACCAUUCAAUUUCCAUAAAUGAGAAUACAUAUUGUGAAUAAAGAUCAACUUGGGAUGAUUAGGUUGAGUAUAGAACUAAUCAAACGAAUCAGACUAACCAAUCUUUAAUAUGUAAUGGGUUCAGAUUUUCUUGA